GUUCCUCUUUUGGUAGCCAUCCCCACAUCCAUAUUCAUUUAUCUUGGAUACAUACCGACUUCUUAUGAAAUGGAUAUCUCCGAGUCUUUGAUACAAGAAAUAACCGGACAUGAAGAUAGUUCAUUUUUAAUUGCUCCUGAAGAGAAAAUAAUGAUGCCUGAAACGGGAACUAUGGAGUAUGAUGUCUGGGCUCGAAUAUGCACAUUUUUCAUGUUCACAGCAAUGGUUUUAUCCGUGUUAGUGGUUGUUGCUUGUUUCUCGCACAUGCAGAAAAUGAUGAGUAAAAAGAAGUCAGUGACGACGCAGCAAUCGCUUAAAUCACAAAAACAGUUGAAUCUAUUGCUGAUGGUACAGUUCAUCUUCCCUUUCAUCACCAUCCAUAUCCCCUUCUACACUGCCUUUAUCCUCCCGUAUGCUGAUAUUGAAUUCACAAUUCUUUCUUCAAAUCUACCGUAUCUUUUUUCUUGGUGUCCUGCCAUUAACCCAAUUUUAGUGAUUUGUAUGGUCAAGAACAUACGCGAAGUAAUUUUGCCAAAACAUCUAUCCUCUCUUAUCGCAAAGAUGGUUUCUCAAAUUAAUCCCUUUUCAGCAAUGAUGAUGGAGAUGUCGACUCAUCACGGCAUGAAUAUGAUGAACAUGACUACAAUGGCUGGACCGGUUGCCAAAAGACACAAAAUGUGGAUGUGGUACCAUGUGGAGGUUGAGGAUACUGUACUUUUCAAAAGCUGGACUGUUUUUGAUGCUGGAACUAUGGUAUGGACAUGUUUCGUGAUUGCCGCUGCUGGAAUUUGUCUGGAAGCCUUGAAAUACGCUAGAUGGGCUACUGGGGAACAUAUUAAGAGCCAUCAGGAGAAUCUGGAUUUGAAAUUGAACCAAACUUUCGUCAUUCUUGAAACAAGAAAAAAGAUUUUCAGCUUCUGGAAACGCCAUGUCAUCGACUGCUGCUACCACUUUUGGCAACUCUGUCUGGCCUAUAUUCUUAUGAAUGUCUAUAUGGUUUUCUCGGUCUACAUCUGUUUGUCACUUUGUCUUGGUUUGGCUAUUGGUCACUUUAUUUUCGCUUCGAGAACAGGAAUUUCAAUUUGA